UAAUGAUAAAUGAUUUUCUAAGUUUCUGUUAAAAAAAUGAUGGUCGUCAAAUGAAUAAAUAAAUCCCUAGAAAGAAAUGGAAAGAAGUUGAAGAUGAAUUAUUAUUAAAAGCCAUUAAAAAAUAUGGAAAUUAAUGGAGUAAAAUAUAAGAAGAAGUUCCAACCAAAGAUUCUAAAUAAUGUUAAGCUAGAUGGAAGAUCCUUAAAAAUGUAAUAUUGUGAUAUUUAAUUAAUUUAGAAAGAAGAAAUUUUAGAUAGAUUGGAUGCUAUGGGUGAUUAUUCAGAUAUGGAUAAUCCUAAUCAUAAAUAAAAAAAGGCCAAUAAAAAACAUAGAGAUAUACCUCGUAAAUAUAAUCCACAUUUUCAUUACAAUGAAGAAUCUUCUAGUGAAUCAAUGCAUCUAUAAUAAUUCCAAUAAGCUUUGAUUAAAUAGCCAUAUUAAUUGUCAUUACUUUAAUAACAAUAAAAAAGAGAGUAAAUUCAGAAGUAGGCCUAAACUUAAUAUUAGAAUGUUUGGAAUGCUAUGGAUGACAAAAUGUUAUGGGCAGCCUUUAAAAUAUACAAAGGAGUUUGGAAUCAAAUCACAUCUAGAUUUCAAGAAAAAAAUCCUUAAAGUUGUAUGGAGAGAUAUUAAUAUGUUAGUUUUUUAUCUAAUUAUUAUAGUUACUACAACAAAAGAAAAUGAAAUUGUAAGAAGAUGGAUCAUCUGUAGAUAUUAUUUCAUCUUUGGCUGAAGAUAGUUCCAUAUUGGGUUCAGAAUAAUUUGAUAUUUCUAUAAGUGAAUGUGGAGAUUCUACUGAUUAGUAAUAACAAACUGAGUAUAAGACUAAUUCUAUUGGAAUUUAUACUGUUUAAUAAUGUCAUACAAAUAUUGAAAGAAUUCUUAAAUCAUUUUCCAAUCACAAUUUAGAUACAUUACCUGGUAUACGUGAGUCAAUAGUUAAACUCAUAAUAACAGAUUGA